AAAAGAACCCUGAACGACAUACUCAUUCCGUCCCUGCGGCUUCGUUUCGUACGUCACCGCCCCUGUUUCUUGUCACUCCUCAAUCCACGACUUUCAUCAGCAAAAUCCCCUAAAUUUAUACGACAGCACGAGCGCUGGGCCGCUGCCCCUCAAAUCAUCUUAUGAGAGCUCGGCCGUUUGGUUGCUUUAAAACGCUGAAGGCCCAACUAAUGCAGAGCGCAGCGACACACAAUUCCCCGCGUACAUGGCUCCUGACAUCCUCGUUCUCCCCGCUUAUCAUCCGACUCAUACGCCUCCUGCUAGCCCACGGAGACUACGUCGUAGCGUGCUACUCGCCGCACGAGAUCACCCAUGAUGAUCGGAGCGCUGAGUUUCGCGAGUUGAUUAGCGACUGCAAGGGUAAUCGCAAAGACCGCGAGGGCUGGAGCACCCGUUUGCGGCCCGUCAAAUGUGACGGCCGGGACAAGGCGCAGUGCGGCGCUGCCGUGGCCGAAGCCAAGGAUGCGUUUGGGAGAGUAGACAUCCUUCUGUGUUGUACUUCUGAAGCUAUUGUUGGCACCGUCGAAGAACUCUCAACUUCGUCUGCGACCCAGAAUCUUGUACGGGACCAAUUUGAAACCAUAUUCUUCUCUCAGGUGAAUUUCAUAAAAGCUGCGCUGCCUAUACUACGGGCACAGCAUACUGGUCACGUUAUGAUACUCUCGAGUAUUGGGGGCCACAUUGGAACCCCUGGAAUGUCGAUAUACACGGCAGCAACUUGGGCCUUGGAAGGAUUUUGCGACUCCCUGGCAUACGAGAUUGCCCCUUUCAACAUUAAAUUAACCAUAGUGCAGCCUCACAAGGAGAUCCAGUCGCUGACGAACAAAAUUGUCUUCUCGCCGCAAGUACCACAUUACGACCGGGAGAACAGCCCGGCACCAAGUGUCCGGGACAUGCUCGGCAAUGUCCUCAACCUCAACCCGGACACGGCCGUGGAGCCUUCAGAAACCGACAUUAUAUCUAGGUACCCGAAGCUGCCUGCCUCCUCAGUAGACAAGUUAGUGAUGGAGACAAUCCACGCGUUGACUGCGAUUGGGGGUCAUGAGAACCCUCCCGCGCGGCAUAUUGUGGGCUUCGAAGGGGCGGAGGCCGUGAAGGAGAAGCUCAAGACGGUGACGGAAGAAUUGGAGGAUUUCGUAGACGCAAGUCUGGCCGUAGAUAUCUUCGACAGCGAGCUGCAAGCCGAAGCGCGGCAAGGUCAAAUAACGUCGGGAGAGGCUCCGGGUGGGAGUUCAUCAAUGCAGUCUUGAACGAGAUCUAGAGCUAGAGCGUACUGGAACGAAGCAAUUCUACGUCAAGAUUUCCAUCGUACGAUUGUGAAGGCGACUAAGUACUCGAGAAGGGUUAUUCCUUGUUUGUUGAGAAAUAGUAGUUUUGUAUAGCCCGGUCUGAGAGGUUAAGGUUCAUUGAGAUAGGCUACCCUGUAGCGAACG